AUAGGUCACGACGACGUUUCAGGCGAUGGCCCAAGUUCUUCGUGAAAAACCCCAGGGCCCAUUGCCCGAAACGUCGCCUCUCGCGUCCCCACGCGGCUCUCCGGCACGGGGUCCGUGGCGCCCUGCGUUGAGUCGCAUUCUUGAGAGCCAAGAGGCUCGGACCCGAGGGCUUUUCGGCACGGUGCAGGCUCGGAGCUGGCUCAAGGGAGCAGACUCAGCCAUGGCGCUCAACUCGAGGAGGCUCUGAGCACGAUCCCCGCCACGCUCACGAUUUCCAUGAGCCUGAGCCGAGCCGUGGAAGCUCGCCACGGCUGUGGAAGCGACCCAGCGGCUCUUUCCGGAGCUGAGCCGCGUUAGAGGCCAGGGCCAAGUCGUGAUUAAGAAGGCGACGUGGGCAGUGAUCGUCUCGCGUUGGGAAGGUUUUUUUGGUUACAUUUCAGUUGGUGGUUGACGACUCGGUCUUAACAUCUUCGACUCUCUCGGUCCAAUAUAAUUACACUUUGUGAGAGUCAACAGUAGUUCUAGAUAAUGGCUCGGAAUAUAAAUGUGGAGUUUCCGUCGCUGUUCAGGACCAGAGAUGAGCGCCGCGCGAUUGUUAAUCUGACGAGGGAAACGGACGUAUUCAACAUUCACCCCUGUAAAUGCAAUUCUGUUGGGCAGUGGGUCGCUUAAAUUGCACUUUAAGGGAAAGCCGCCCUAUAAAGUCACCGUCUCCCCUCACAACAAGGUGUCAUUUUGUCUUUAGCAGCAGUGAAAAUUGCAAGCCUCACCUUCGAGUGAUAACUAUUGACGUGAUUUAUCGACCCGAAGGAAUGAUGGGCCGAGUCGAGCACCGAGCGAUUGUGAAACGUGCAGUCUGACCAUCAUAGCGCCACCAUUUUGCCAACUUUGAACGAAUGUAAACCUAACCCUGUCAGAGCCGUGUGCCGCUAACAAUAGCCCACAUAUUCUUGGUUCUUUCGGUAAAGUCACGCAGAAGGGAAACAAUAAAAUAUAUUUGUAUUAUAUUUGUACGUGACUUUACCGAAAGAACCAAGAAUAUGAAUCCCUGCAGUCACGAAAGCUUUAAAUCAAAAUAGCCCACAUGGUAACUCUCUACUAGCUCUAAUGCUGAAAUUAAGUUAUUUGGUUAUUAUUAUUUUUUAUUAUUAACCUCGUGAUUGAUGCAUUGAUUCGCGUUUGUAACUCUACGUUUUUUUUUGUUGCAAUGUUCAGGAUGUAUCAUGGCUCGUUCUCUGCUAUGACGCCUCGUGAAACAAUUGCUGCUAUCAUUCGGCCACCCUGGUUCUAGUUUCCUCGCCGAGGACGCGGGCUGCACUAAGCAGGUUCAGUGCAGCUUGCAAAACGAGACUUGAGAAGGCGCGUUUCUCGCGUUCACGGGUUUAUCAAACCUCCAACUUGCCUGCCCUCUUCACAGUUCACAAUCUCUGGAACGUCAACACAGCAAGGGUGGGGAAAACCCGAUUUUUUUUUUUUGCCCGACAAAUCGGGUUAUUGGUUUUAAUGGAAUUAAACCCGAUUUUGCCGAUUAAAACCUGGUUUUAUUAUCGGCGUCUCGUGCACACUUCAAUCCUGCUGCUCGUCGUCGUCGUCCGCCGCUCUCGCCGCUGGACUCGGUGUUGUUGUCGCCGGCGUCCGGUAGUCGUAGAACGCGUUGAGGUUCGACUUAAUGAAGACGAGCUUCUCGACUGUGCCGGGCGCCAGGCUGUUCCUCAACUUGGAAUGGAUAAAUCCCAUCGUCGAGAAGUUUCGCUCAGACGCAGCGGUCGACGUGGCCAUGCUGAACAGUUUGAUGGCGAUCUUCUGGAGCGCGGGAUAGUCGCCUCCGACGAGUGGCGAACUCACGACGAAGGCCUCGGCGAGGGCUGCACGCACCGCGUGGCUCAGGCGCAUGGCGGCUGAGCCCGGGCCCGGCCCGAACGCCGCUAAUGGCCGCACAUUUUUGCAGCAGAUGGCGCACAGGCAGGUGCUGAGGCGGCUAGUGGUGGUGCAGGAGGCCGUGAGCAGGGCGGCGCGCGGCUCCCAUGCACCGCUCUCCUCCUCAUCGCUGUUGCUGACGACGCCGUUGGCGCGGCCGCUCGACACGACAUGGAUGCGCAGCGCGCGCGGCUUCACGUCCACGGCGACGCGCGCCAUCUCCUUUCACGUGCAGGACGUGGACGACUUCACGGAGCGCGUGGUGAACAGCGACACGCCCGUCGUGGUCGAUUUCCACGCGCAAUGGUGCGGGCCCUGUAAGAUUCUGGGCCCUCGCCUCGAGAAGCUGGUGGCAAAGCAGUCGGGCAAGGUGCUCAUGGCCAAGGUGGACAUCGACGACCAUACGGACCUGGCCGUUGAGUAUGGGGUGUCGGCGGUGCCCACGGUGCUCGCCAUGCGGAAUGGCAGCGUCGUCGACAAGUUUGUGGGCGUGCGCGACGAAGACCAGCUGGAGGUUUUCCUUAAGAAGCUUGUGAGCCCCGUGGCCUCGGCACAGAGGGAGGCGGGUGACACAAAGAGCACUGAAUAGAAACACGGGGGGCAAGGGGGUGCCUUUGUUGAAGCUGAGCCGGGGUGGUGGAGGCAGCCGGACUCGUGGGUUCGGCGACGCUUCUUUAACCUCAUGGAAGAGAAUGUAAGGCAAAUGUAUUCACCAAAUGCGGACAACUUUGUGGUAAAUGUUGCAAACGAUCACAAGCUAGUUUCUACAACGAAUAAAUUAAACUGAGUCGAGAUCAUUGAAACUGCACAGGUAAUCAUCUGAUUACUAUCAUUUGUCUCUAUAUCCGCGUUGGCUAUGUAAGUGUAGGCGUUCUGUAUUUAAGGAUCUGCAUUGUUACGUGUAGGUUGUGUGGUGUGGUAAUGUGCACGAGUGCAAAUUGUUGCCAUUAAACCUGCAUCACUUUGCUCAAUUUCCCACAAAUUUCUGAAUGGUUGGAAGUGCUCACCAAUGUGUGCAUCAACCCAUACCUCCACGUGAAACCUGUAAUGUUUUAAGAACUCUGCAAAUUUGCAAAAGUGCGUUAACUUGAGUGUCCGAGGUGUCUGAAAAUGCCCUCACUCCCACUUAAUGAGGGUGAACAAAGCUGCUUCUAAUAGCCUGUGGGUGUGACACAGAGCACAGGAAAAAACAUUGUUUAAGAGACUGACAUUUGAGCUCUUACUUCGAUGAUAGCACUGUCUUAAUAACAAUAGUAACUACAUAAUUUGAAUCCUGCUACCACGUGCAUAACUGCUGCCAUGUACAUGACUAGCUAUCAAUGGGAAGUGCUGGUUGUGGUGGGGUCUGUGGUGUGUUGCCUUUCGGAAUAUACAUUUAGCAGGGACUAUUGGACAACACAGUUAAUCUGAGAAAUCGUCUCCAAUCCACUACAAAAACAAGUUCGAAUUUGACCAAGUCUAAAUGGGUUGUGUGGCGUUGAAAGCUCUAGCCUUACAACACCUAGUCACGGCCGUAACCUUAAUGUUUGUCACCUAAAGCGUCGCGUGAACAUUGAGCACGCAGCUGCACUGUCCGGGAUGCACGUCGAUCCCGAGUCUCCACGUUCCGCGUUGUAACGGCACUGCUGAUGAGCCCCAUGUUGUCGACUCCAGAGUUCCAUCUAGUGCUCUGUCUCAGCAGCAUGCUAUGCGGGCACACUGCAGAGAUGCCGGGACGUGGGUAGCAGACCUCGGCAGGAGCUGAUUUACUUACCCAAGGACACGGUGUAAGCUGGUGAAGCAACGCUUCCCCAGCAUGAGUGGCAGUGCCGGCAACGUCGAGCUGCUGUCUACCGUCUGCCACCAAACUGAAUCUAUCAUGACACCUGCUUAGCAGCACAGCCUCCACUGUUUACUUACAGCUGUUGCUCAUACGAAAACAAUCUCUUGUUUUUUUCAAAUAUCGUGAAGAAGUCGUUGCUUAAAGUAGCAACUUACAAAGAGUGCUUUCAGUCACGUAUUUUAGGGAAGUUGGAAACCCCUAUUGGGUUGCGCGCAGUUGUAUAGGGCACUAGUUUGGCUACGUAACCCAAGCUUUCCCUUGCAAGCCUUGCUACAAAUCAUCACAAUUCCUCGUUUUUACUUGCAAAGUUCAAUAUAUGAACUUAGGCCACACGGUACUUGUAAUUGCGUUCAUGAGGGGUUCUCGAGCCAAGACUGAGUUUGCGUUUGUGUGUUUUGGGAGUCUGCGUGUGAGCCUGCAUCGCUCUGAAUCCUUUUGUUUUAUUAUUUACAGUAUUUCUUCAUGUAUGGUUAUUGCAUAAAACAACUUUGCAGAGUAUUUACCUAUUCAAUUAUUGUGAUACAUUGAACAUGUUCCUGAUUUGAAAUUGCAGAUUGUUCUUUUGCUGUAGUUUGUACUGCUGAACAUUGUCAAUAAAUCACAUCUGUAUGAAA